AUGAAAUCGCUCAUCAAAACUCCGGAAUACCUCUAUUCUCAAGAAUUCGAUGCGCUUUUCCAUUAUCUCUUCAAUCAGUACAAACACGGAGUCUUCGGCAGAUUCAACGAUCACACGGAUUUUCAAGCGUUCUCCCGAAUGUUCCAGAAGCUCACAAAAAGCAGGAAUGAUCUCGAAGAUAAGUUCUUUCCUGAACAAUCCGUUGAAAGAGCUGCGGACCGAUUGAAAGUGAGCAAGGAAGAUGUACAGAAGGGAUGCAGAGCCAGCUAUGACAAGCUGCACAAGUUGGCAGAAAAGGGAAGAAGCCGACCGGUCAGCUGGAAAACUAGAUUGUUCGGAUGCUUUCGCAGAAAUGUACACGAUCGUAUUACCUACGAGCAUCUUGAUUAA